GCGUCUUACCCCACUUCACUUAACCCCCACCUCUGCUUGGUCCAAGCGGUCCAGCAUUAUCACUGCUUUCUCUUAUUCCAUUCCUUUUCGGGAGGGAAGCCCAGGUAAGUAGGAAGCAUUGGAAGCAUGGACGACAUAAUCUACACACUAGAUCCGGAAGGUGACGUUAUCCUGGUUCUAUACAAUGUGCCUGAGAAUCUGCCAGGGAGCAUGUGGGAUAUCGAUGCUUCUACACUUUCUGGGCUGUCAAACAUUUCCAUACACUCUGAAGCAGUAUCUGAGCCACCACCGGAUAUGGGGAACUUGGGAGAAGAGAACGACAUUGUCGAGCUCGGCCAUAGUGAGGGUAUAGACAAAUCUGCCGAGUCACCCCAGGACCACCAAAAGGGCGAGCAACGGCUUCAGAUCCGCGUAUCCUCUAAGCACCUCACGCUUUCUUGUCCACAGUUCAAACGUACACUCCAACAUGGUUUUCAAGAAGGAAAUGAGCUUACGUCUAAGGGCUAUCUAGAAAUACCCUUGCAAGAUUGGCCGGCAGUACCCUUUCUAAUCUUGACAAUGAUAAUCCACGGCCGAACACGGACAGUACCCCGAGAAGUAUCUCCAGAAAGGCUUGCGGAGAUAGCUCUAUUAGUCGAUUACUACGAAUGCUAUGAAGUAGUGGAAGUGUUUUCAGAAAUGUGGAUUAAAGCCCUAGCCGAGAUACCCUUCGCAUCGGUAUCCGAUGCAGAGAGAUGGCUGUUUGUAUCCUGGGUUUUCCAACACGAUGCGAUUUUCGAAAGCUCUUCUAAAUACCUACAGCUCAGAUACAGAACGAAAUUGACAACCAUCCAAUUCCCAUUUCUCUCUAGUGUACGAGGUAAGUUCACAUCGAGACCUAGUUCACCUUUUCCAUUAUAUGCUCGGGAGUUAAUUUAAAUCCAGAUGCGAUCAAUUUGUCACGAGAGAAUGCAAUUGAAAGCGUUAUUGAGUGCAUGCAUGACCACUUAUCGAGGCUACAGAGUAGCACAAUUCAAUGUUCUUACGAAUGUGAUUGCAUGCUACUUGGGGCAUUAACGAAACAAAUGUCUCAAAUGCAGAUACUCUCCCCAAGACCAAAGUCAGAGUAUCCAGGGAUGUCCUUUAUUGG